AUGAUUGAAUCUACUCGUCCUUCAGUAACCCUUCAUCAAGGCACGUUCAUUGGAGCCCGACAGGAAGAGACAACCCCGCAGCCGGUGGACGCCUUUCUAGGGAUUCCCUAUGCCCUACCUCCCGUCGGAGAAAGACGUUUCAAACCAGCUGAAAAGGUCAAUGCCUCUACCGAUACAUUUGAUGCUUCGGAAUUUGGUCCAGCGGCACCAGGCAAGGCAUUGAUCACGAGUGGUCCAAAAUUAGAGCAAAGCGAAGAUUGUUUAACUGCCAACAUCUUUCGACCUGCUGGAACAAGUGAAUCGGAUAAGCUACCUGUGGCGAUCUAUCUCCAUGGAGGGGCAUUCAAUCGAGGGGCUGCGUCGAUGCAUAAUACUGCGUCUAUGGUGGCUUGGUCCGAGGCUCCUUUUAUUGGCGUGAGCUUUGGGUAUCGUGUUGGAGCGUUAGGCUUCUUGCCAUCAACCUUAUCAAAGAAAGAAGGUGUUCUCAAUCUCGGACUGCGUGAUCAGGUACACCUUUUUGGAUGGGUUCAGGAGAACAUUGGGAAGUUCGGUGGCGAUGCUGGGAAUGUCACGCUAUUUGGCCUUUCAGCAGGAGCCCACUCGAUUGGCCAUCAUAUUUUGAACUACAAUGCCCAGUCUCCCUCUUUGUUCCAUCGCGCCAUCAUGGAAUCCGGCUCGCCGACAUCUCGCGCCGUUCGUCCCUACGACGCGACAAUUCAUGAGGAGCAAUUUCAGGAUUUCCUCAAUGAAGUGGGUUGUCCAUCCGACCUGCCCGAAAACGAAAUCUUUCCCUUCCUCCGAUCUCUCCCAAGUUCAACCGUCACAGACGCGCAGACCAGAGUCUUCGACAAAUACAACCCCUCUCUCCGAUGGGCCUUCCAGCCCGUAAUAGACGACGACCUCAUCGCCCGCAAGCCAUUGGACGCCUGGAACUCCGAGUUAUGGAACAAGGUCCCCAUCAUGACAGGCUACAACAGCAACGAGGGAACUUUCUACGUAGACAAGAAAAUGUCAAAGCCAGAACAAUUCCGUGAUUUCUGGAAAAGCCUUCUUCCAGAGCUCUCUUCUGCUGAUCUGGAUACAAUCGAUUGCCUCUAUCCCGAUCCAAGCUCCGACUCCAGUUCACAGUAUGUGGAAACAAGAACUGGACAAGGUCUUGGACCACAGUAUAAGCGAAUCGAGGCUGCAUAUGGGCACUAUGCCUACGUUGCACCGGUUCGUCAGACAGCACAAUUUGCUUCUUCGCAGGGUGCAACGGUCUAUCUGUACAACUGGGCACUUCCCAGGACUGUAAUCGGUCGGGCAAACCAUGGUGACAACAUGUUCUAUGAGACAUACAACAAUGCCAUUACAGGAUUAUCGGAGUCGCAGAAAGAGCUAUCAGGUACCCUCCAUGCAUACGUGACGAGCUUUAUCGCGACGGGUGAUCCGAAUGCUAUCUCAGGUCGUUAUAAUCAGCGGCCGGAAUGGAAAGCUUAUGAGCCGAGCGAUGCACAUGUCUUGGUUUUCGGAGAAGGUAAUGAAGAGCUUAUUGGGGGUUCUACUGCUCCAGCUGCCAAGUUUAUAAAGGAUGAUUGGGCGAAGGAGGAGACGGAGUUUUGGUGGUCCAAGGUUCCGAUCUCGCAACUGGCAUGA